ACAAGGACUGUAAACAAUUAAGAUUUGGCAUUUGUUUGAUUUUCAUGCGAUUUUAGCUGCCCAGGCGACCCCACCAUGUUCGAGCGCAACCAGAAGACCAUCUUCGUGCUGGACCACACGCGGUACUUCAGCAUCGCCAGCGAGGAGUAUAUCUCGUUGGACUUCCUCAAGGGAAAGCCCUCGGCAGACGGCGGAGGACCAGGAGCUGCAGGAAAUGCGGCAGGAUCCGGAGGUGGGGGUGGAUCCCAGUUUAGCAAGAGCCUGUGGACGUGCGCCUGCGAAUCCUCGAUCGAAUACUGCCGUGUGGUCUGGGAUCUCUUUCCGGGCAAGAAACACGUGCGAUUCAUAGUUUCCGAUACGGCGGCGCAUAUCGUGAACACCUGGAGUCCCAGCACGCAAAACAUGUCGCACGUGAUGAACGCCAUGGUAAUGGUGGGCGUACCGUCCCGCAACGUUCCCACAUCCUCGGACUACUCGGUGAUCCAUGGCCUGCGAGCCGCCAUCGAAGCGCUCGCCGAACCCACGGAUGAGCAGUUGGGGGCAAUGGCUGAUUUUGGCCAAGAGGAACUGCCACGUAUUCCCAACAAGGGUCGCGUUAUCUGCAUCACAUCGGCGCGGGACAACACAAGCAUGAAGAGUCUGGAGGACAUCUUCAACACGGUCCUCGUACAACAGAACGCCCUGGCGGCCCCGCCCGCCAAAAAAGGCCUGGCCAUUGAUCACUGCCACCUGGUCAUCCUCAACAUUGUGCCGCUCGGCGUCGAGUCUUUGGUGACCAAUCGCAGCCUUCUCAAGAUCUCACCGCUGCUGGACGUCGAGAUCCACACGGUCAGUGCCCCGGACAUCUCGUACAAGCUUACGCACCUCAUCCUGAACCACUACGAUCUGGCCAGCACCACUGUAACCAACAUUCCCAUGAAGGAGGAGCAGAACGCCAACUCGAGCGCCAAUUACGAUGUGGAAAUCCUGCACAGCCGGCGGGCUCAUUCGAUCACCUGUGGUCCAGACUUCAGUCUGCCCACGAGCAUCAAGCAGGGUGCCACCUACGAGACUGUGACCCUCAAGUGGUGCACCCCCCGUGGCUGCGGCUCGGCGGACCUGCAACCCUGCCUGGGUCAGUUCCUCGUGACGCCCGUGGACGUUACCUCGCGUCCAAGCUCCUGCCUGAUCAACUUCUUACUGAACGGACGCUCUGUACUGCUGGAAAUGCCCCGCAAGACUGGCUCCAAGGCCACUAGCCACAUGUUGUCUGCCCGCGGCGGCGAGAUAUUUGUCCACUCCCUGUGCAUCACGCGCUCCUGCAUGGACGAGGCACCGGCGAUUACCGAUGGACCCGGAGGACGAGUCCCGGACUAUCGCACCGCUGAACUGGGCCAGCUCAUUAAGAUGUCGCGCAUGGUGCCGCUAAAGGUAAAGGAUCCCUCUGCACCCAAUUUGUCGCGACGGCUGCCACGCUACUUCCCCUUGACCACCAGCUCCUCGAUCCUGUUCCACCUGCAGCGACAGAUCAGUUGGCUACCGCAUUUUUUGCACCUGCUGGUAAAGGAAGACAUGGACAAACAGGAGGAGGUGCGCUGCCAGCAGCACAUUCAUGAGCUCUACAAGAGCGCCUCGCGCGGCGAUGUUCUGCCCUUCACCCACACCAACGGAGCAAGACUAAAGAUAUCCAAGGCCAAGGACCAGUACCGCUUGUUGUAUAGGGAGCUGGAGCAACUUAUUCAGCUGAACGCCACCACUGUGCACCACAAGAAUCUGCUGGAAAGCCUGCAAAGUUUACGUGCUGCCUACGGCGAUGCGCCGCUUAAGUCGGAACCAGGCGCCAGUCUCCUGCGCUCCUACACGGAAUCACCACUCUCUCCUGAGCGCCUGGAGCCACUUAGCAGUGGAAGUGGAAGUGGCAGUAAUAACUCCAAUAGUCUGCUGAAGGCCAGCAAGCGCCGCAUGUCCAGUUGCGGGCAAAGAUCCCUGCUCGAUAUCAUCUCCUCGGCGGAACGAAGUCAGUCCAACAAGCGACUAGACUUCUCCGGUCGUCUUUGCACGCCCCUGGGGCAAGUGGCUAAAUUAUAUCCGGACUUUGGAAACAAGGAAAAGGACUCCCUUUCGACGGGAGCUAACAUUGCGCCCAAUGUUAAAGAGGAAUCCAUUCGCAGUUGAAAGGAACUGAAAUGACAGGACUUUCAGCUAGGUCUAGAGUUUUAUCUAUAGAAAGAAACUUUCUGUAAUAUUUUCCUUAAAAAUAACGUCGUUUAAGGUUUAUAGGAAAUAUUUUCAGUGUUGCAAUCAAGUAUUUUUCUGUGAGUUUCGGCUCUUGAUUGUUCCCUUAACUUAAUCCCAUUUUUUGGUUGGGAAAAGCAGAACUGUAUUGAAGUGUGUAAUACUAUUAUUCCUUUAUGUUAACUGCCUCAAAAUGAAUUAGUUUACGAUUCAAACUGUGUGUUUCACUUAAGCAAUUAUUAACUUAUGGGCGAGAUCGGCCUUUUUAAACCUGUUUUUGAUCUUUUGCAC